AUGAACGCAGACAGAGUAUGGCGAUGUCUUAUCCUUUCCAAGUUCACAGAGAAUAUCUGUAGCCAAGUAAUUAAGAAAGAAAAUCAAAGUAGCACAAUAUUCGAAGUGAAGGAUAUUCUUGAUGCCGUUGAUGAAAUCAUUACGCUUCAAGAACCUACCGAACUAAACCAGGAACUAGGAACUAAGGAACUAACGACAAAGACGCUCUUCGGUACUCAAACCGCCCAAGCCAUGCAGAACAACGCCAGAGGACAUAACGGGGGACGCAAAGUGAAGGAUAUUCUUGAUGCCGUUGAUGAAAUCAUUACGCUUCAAGAAACCACCGAACUAACGACAAAGACGCUCUUCGGUACACAAACCGCCCAAGCCAUGCAGAACAACGCCAGAGGACAUAACGGGGGACGCAACCAAAUGAAACAGUUCUCCAGUCAUCGACUGAGACACAUGUCUGUGUGGGAGUCGCACUCACCACAACGAUGCGCCAGGUUCCCUACACCUGAGACCCGGCGAAUGGAAGCCAAGCGCCAAGGAGCGUGCUGGAAAUGUUUCGAUAAAACUCACCGCUCAAGAUUCUGCACAGUAAUGGGACCAUGUCCAAAAUGCAAGGGGGAUCACCUUGGCUCACUCUGCAUAACAUCAAGCAGCGGUCUGGAAUAA